GUCUAAUCUACUUUUCAAAAACAUGGUGUUUUCAAUGCAAAAAUUACUCAUUUUGCUAUCCUUAAAUCCAACAAACAUGAAUUUUGUUGCAAACAUGAAUUUCUUUCAAUGAACAACUAGAAUCCAACUGAAACCAAUGAAACCAUUCCACUUCAAUUUCCGCCGCCACUUCGCCACCAAAUACACCGCCAAAAUCAUCUCCACCUCUCCCACCGGCCGUUCCUUAGCCGCCGAAGUAACACCACCACCACCACUCCCCUCCGACAUCCGCGGUUACUCCCUCCCCCGCCGUGACCUAAUCUGCAAAGCAACCCAAAUCCUCCUCUCCGCCACAAACCCCCGUUCCACCAAACAAACGUCUCUCCCCGAUCCCUUCUCCGAUCUCACCGAAUAUCUUCAAUCUCUAUCAAUCUCCUUAACUCCUCUAGAAGCUUCCGAAAUUCUCAAAUCACUCAAAAACCCUACUCUCGCUUUUAAAUUCUUCCAUUUUUGCCCUUCCUUUGAUCCCAAUUUCCGGCAUGAUUCAUUCACCUAUAACCGUCUUUUCCUCAUUCUUUCAUUGUCCUCUUCGCCUCUUCGAUUCGAACAGGCGGAAUCAUUACUCGAUGAUAUGGAGCGACGCUGUGUGCGUGGCUCCAUUUCAACGGUUAAUAUACUUAUUGGGUUUUUUGGUGAUUUGGAUAGGUGUGUUGGGUUGGUUAAAAAAUGGGAACUUAGACUUAAUGCUUAUACUUAUAAGUGUUUGCUUCAAGCUUAUUUGAGAUUACGUGAUUCUAAUAAGGCUUUUGAUGUUUAUUUGGAUAUGUUGAGACGUGGUUAUCAUUUGGAUAUUUUUGGUUAUAAUAUGCUUUUGGAUGCUUUGGCUAAGGAUGAAAAGGUGGAUAAAGCAUAUAAAGUUUUUGAGGACAUGAAGCGGAGGCACUGUGAGCCUGAUACAUUCACGUACACCAUUAUGAUCAGAAUGACUGGAAAAUCCGGCAAAACUGAUAAGUCACUAGCACUCUUUCAGGCGAUGUUAGAAAAAGGCUUCACUCCAAAUUUGAUUGCUUAUAAUACUAUGAUCGAGUCACUUGCCAAGGGACGGAUGGCGGACAAGGCCGUCUUGCUCUUUACCAAAAUGGUGGAGAAUGAUUGUCAGCCAAAUGAAUUUACAUACAGUGUGCUUUUGAAUGUUCUGGUUGCUGAAGGACAGCUUAGUAAGCUUGACUAUAUUGUGGAGAUAUCGAAAAAAUAUAUGAAUAAACAGAUAUAUGCAUAUUUCGUAAGGACUUUAAGCAAAUUAGGUCAUUCUUCUGAAGCGCACAGGCUAUUUUGCAACAUGUGGAACUUUCAUGACAAGGGUGAUAAAGAUGCUUACAUGUCUAUGUUGGAGAGUUUAUGCAGUAGCGGUAAAAUGACAGAAGCAAUAGAUCUUCUGAAUAGAUUUCAUGAAAAGUGCAUAACCACUGACACUAUCAUGUAUAAUACAGUAUUCACGGCUCUUGGCAGGUUGAAACAAGUAUCACAUAUCCAUGAUCUAUACGAAAAGAUGAAACGAGACGGCCCUCCACCAGACAUAUUCACAUACAAUAUUCUGAUCUCCAGCUAUGGAAGGGCUGGAAGAGUUGACAGUGCCAUUCAAAUUUUUGAAGAGCUAGAGAAUAGUAAUUGUAAUCCUGACGUUAUUUCGUAUAACAGUUUGAUCAACUGCCUUGGAAAGAAUGGGGAUGUUGAUGAAGCUCACAUGAGAUUUAAAGAGAUGCAAGAGAAAGGAUUAAAUCCUGAUGUUUUCACUUAUAGUACACUUAUUGAGUGCUUCGGCAAGACAGAUAAAGUUGAGAUGGCGUGUAAUUUGUUUGAUGAAAUGAUUGCUGAAGGAUGCUCUCCUAACUUGGUAACAUAUAAUAUUUUACUCGAUUGCCUUGAAAGAUCUGGAAGAACUGCUGAGGCAGUGGACCUUUAUGCAAAACUUAAACAACAAGGACUGACACCAGAUUCAAUAACAUAUGCAGUGCUUGAGCGAUUGCAAAGUGGAAGACACGGGAAGUUGAGAAGUCGCAGACAGAACCCAAUUACAGGAUGGGUUGUUAGCCCCUUAUGAUGAUGAUAUAGAAAACGAAAUAAUUGUUGUGCAUUCAUUAUGCUGAAAUUCUUUGUUAUUAGGCCUUCUCAGGGAUCUUUGUCUAAGAUAUUAUUGCGAAGUGGUCGAGGUUAAGAAGAUAUGAUUAUGGCCAUGUGAUGCCGGUUGACACUCUUGUUUGUUGGCCAACAUACUCAACUUUCUGCAGCGGGAUUUGUGACUUAAAACAUGGUGGAGUUCAACGAAAAUAGUAUGCUUUCUUUCUCUUAUGAAUCUCAUAUCGAUUCUGAUAAUUUAAUUUGUAAUAGGAUCUGUAGCAAGCUCAUUGAUCAUAGAAAAAGUUGUAUAUAGAAUUCUUCAUUCUUACAUGAAUAUUAACAGAGAAAAUCUAGUUUUGGAGAAAAGAGGAUUAAUUUUUCUUUGUUUUAUAGUUGAGUUUUCCAAGCUUGUACCCCAAGUAUACAAUUGUAUCAUUGGUUCCUCAAUUAGCAUUAAGUAUUGAAUAAGACUCGGAAGAAUUUGAUCCUGU